AUGGGAGAAAAAGACUUCUCGUCAUCGGCUCCUUACCGGCUGCUGCCUCACCUGUUCCCCACCGGAAAAUAUGGUGCAGCUGCAUGGGCAGAUCGGACGAAGCACCGAUAUGUCAAACGAAUAAUUGAUGCAAUUCAAAGGCCAUUUCUGUUACAGAUGAUCAGAGCUUUUAGGACUAUCGGCAGAUGCCCUGCAAGUAUUAACAGGAUGCAUGCAGCUCGAACUGGAGAUAGUGAAGGCAGCCUUGCUCAAAAGACUUAUGCUGCAGCUGCAGCAACUCCAACUCAAAGCAAACGCACAGUUACGGUCAAAGAGACAAUCAAACAAAACGUUGAAAAGGCAGUACCAACUGUAUUUAUAAAACCCAAAAAGGGUGACGAUGUGAAGACUGCCAAAGAGAAAUUUGAAAAAAGCAUAAACCCACGAGUUGACAAAAUUAAAAUUAACCAGCAAUUUGUGGAACAGUUUAAGGUACACUUCAAAGCAGGUCCUCGCGACCGGAACACUGUACAUUACGCAAUCGAAGUUGCACCAACACUCAUAAAACAGAUCAUAACAACAAACAGGCUCUAUGUAGGGUACAACGCAAUAUCCGUAAAGGAUUACACUGCACUAGCAAAGUGCUCGAAAUGCCAAGACUACGGCCAUGUGGCCAAAUAUUGUAACUUCCAGAAUCCAGUAUGUGGAAAUUGUGGAAGUAAAAACACGACAUGAGUAAAUACGAAAG